AGGCAAAAUGGACUUCUCCAAACUCCCCAAAAUCCGUGAUGAGGACAGAGAGGCUUUUGUUGGCUAUGUUUAUGGAGUCUCAGGACCUGUGGUCACAGCCUGCAACAUGGCAGGUGCUGCCAUGUAUGAGCUGGUACGAGUAGGACACAGUGAACUGGUGGGGGAGAUUAUCCGGCUGGAAGGUGACCUGGCAACUGUCCAGGUGUAUGAAGAAACGUCUGGUGUCUCUGUAGGAGAUCCUGUGCUCCGUACUGGGAAGCCCCUAUCAGUGGAACUGGGGCCUGGCAUUAUGGGAGCUAUUUUUGAUGGUAUCCAGAGACCUCUCUCGGACAUCAGCACUCUGACCAAAAGUAUCUAUAUCCCCAGAGGUGUCAACGUCUCAGCUUUGAGCCGAGAUAUCAAAUGGGACUUCACACCUUCCAAAAAUCUGCGGGUUGGCAGCCACAUCACUGGUGGAGAUAUUUAUGGUGUGGUAAAUGAAAACUCCCUGAUCAAACACAAAAUCAUGCUGCCCCCACGGAAUAGGGGUACAGUUACAUACAUUGCUCCUCCAGGAAACUAUGACACUUCAGAUGUUGUGCUAGAGCUGGAGUUUGAAGGUGUGAAGGAGAAGUUCACUAUGGUGCAGGUGUGGCCUGUACGUCAAGUCCGCCCUGUCACCGAGAAGUUACCAGCCAAUCAUCCUUUAUUAACUGGCCAACGAGUCCUGGAUGCCCUCUUCCCGUGUGUACAAGGGGGUACAACAGCGAUUCCUGGGGCAUUUGGUUGUGGAAAGACUGUGAUCUCACAGUCUCUUUCAAAGUACUCCAACAGUGAUGUCAUCAUUUAUGUAGGCUGUGGAGAACGAGGAAAUGAAAUGUCUGAAGUACUGAGAGAUUUCCCUGAGUUAACAAUGGAAGUUGAUGGCAAGGUAGAAAGCAUCAUGAAGAGAACAGCUCUGGUAGCAAAUACUUCCAACAUGCCUGUGGCUGCCAGAGAAGCCUCCAUCUAUACUGGAAUCACCCUGUCCGAGUAUUUCCGGGAUAUGGGCUACCAUGUCAGUAUGAUGGCAGACUCUACUUCCCGAUGGGCUGAGGCCCUCAGGGAGAUCUCAGGGCGACUGGCUGAAAUGCCAGCUGACAGUGGUUAUCCAGCCUACCUCGGUGCCCGUCUGGCCUCUUUCUAUGAGCGAGCCGGGAGAGUGAAGUGUCUGGGAAAUCCUGAGAGGGAAGGCAGCGUCAGCAUUGUUGGAGCUGUCUCUCCCCCAGGUGGUGACUUCUCUGAUCCUGUUACAUCUGCUACCCUGGGCAUUGUUCAGGUUUUUUGGGGCCUGGAUAAGAAGCUGGCACAGCGCAAGCACUUCCCAUCUGUGAACUGGCUGAUCAGCUACAGCAAAUACACACGAGCCCUGGACGAGUACUACGACAAACAUUUCACAGAAUUUGUCCCUCUCAGGACAAAGGCCAAAGAGAUCCUACAGGAGGAAGAGGACCUUGCAGAGAUUGUGCAGCUUGUGGGGAAGGCUUCCUUGGCAGAAACAGAUAAAAUUACCUUGGAGGUUGCCAAGCUGAUAAAAGAUGACUUCUUGCAGCAGAAUGGUUACACGCCUUAUGACAGGUUCUGCCCUUUCUAUAAAACAGUGGGAAUGCUUUCCAACAUGAUUGCGUUUUAUGAUAUGGCACGCCGUGCUGUAGAAACCACAGCUCAGAGUGACAAUAAGAUCACGUGGUCUAUCAUCCGAGAGAACAUGAGUGAAAUCCUCUACAGACUUACCUCCAUGAAGUUCAAGGACCCCGUCAAAGAUGGUGAAACAAAAAUCAAGGCGGACUAUGCUCAGCUGUUUGAGGAUAUGCAGAAUGCAUUUCGCAGUCUGGAAGACUAGACUCGACCUCUGUGACCACUCCAGUUUGUCCUCUCAGUUCCUCAUCUCAGCUCCUCUGCUUCCCUACCUUACAAGAAUGAUGCAACAGUACUUGAGUUGAUAAAUAACCGUAUGUUUCCCCUGUUCAUACUCAGAGAGUGUCUUUACAAAAAACAUUCCUCUUAGUUUGUAUUUGGCAUUGCUUUGUGCGUCUGAAGUGGUGAGUGAUGUGUGAAUGGGCCUGGCUGAGUGAGGAAAUGCUGUUGUACACUUCUAGGGUGGGAAAAAUUUCACCUUUCCUCUCCCAGCUCUCCUGGUAACCAGUCUUUCACCUCAGGGUGUAACCAGUUGAGCUGCACUGGCAGAGGAGGUGUAGAUCUUCAUGCAGUCAUGCGGUACAUUGCGAGCUGGCAGUGGGAAGGGCAUUUACACCUGGCAUUUUGCUAAGUGACUAUCAGACGUCGAACUCCCUGUUCUCAAACAGAAUUUUUGACCAUAUUCUGAUGACAUUUGAUACAACCAAAAAUUCUUCACACUUUAUCAUUUCUGAGUCUCUCAGCUGAGUCUUUUGGUAUUGAAAUGUGGUAGUUCUGGUCCUCUCCAAGAAGGGACUAACUAGAAGGUGAGCAUAUACAAGCGACUGGUAUAAUUUUGUACACUGGAGAAAUACAAUUUUAUCUUCCUACUUAAUACAGAUAGGACUGUUGGACUCAGCAUCAGCUAAAAUCAAAGCCAUAGGUGCUCGGCUUCCAGCAGAAUUUUACCUUCUUGGCUCCCAUUCAUCCCGUAAAAUUUCCUGACACUCAGCUGCUUUACUUUGUGAAGCUUGUGACUGCCGCCAUGUACUGCAGGGCAUGGUUGGCAAGGUACAGCGAUGCCACACGUGCUGACCACAGCGUGGUCCUUCCUUGGCGGUGCUCUGCCAGUGCAGUUGCCCCCAGUGCAAUGCCCAGGUUAUGCCAAGGAAAGGAAAGCGCGUGCUUAGCCUUCUUCCUCCACCUGUGCUCACAUGGCCUGUUGGGUGAUGGCACAGAAGGCCCCCAGCUCUGGUGUAAGAGGAAUGUAUGAUGCUCAGCUGGGGGCGGGGGAUGCAUGGGGGAAGGUUGACGAGUACAAAAUGUAUUUACUCCUGCCUUGUUGAUUACGAUUCAAGAGAAACCAGUGGCUCUGGUGUUCUGCUCUGUGCUCUGGAAGCGCUCUGUCAAGCAGCUGAAACUGCUGUCUCUUGGGCUUUUUUAUUGGUAAAACUAGACUGAGAUGAGGAAUGAGCAGAGUGCAGCCUUUCUGUCAAACUCCCCGAGACCAGCACUCAUCCCAUUGCUCCGGAGUGCAAGAGAGAGAGAUGCUGGCAUCCUCUCCAGUCUCUCCCUCUCGAUUGUGUCUGGUGGCAUCCUGUGCCACCUACUGCUUUGUUAGUCCUGAGACAGCACCUGUUGUUGGUGACACCGUGCCUACGUGAGCGUUAAUUCUGCACUGAAGUAUUUCCACCGGCGCCAGCUUUGAACAGUAGUGAUGCAAAGGGAUCUUGUGCUACGGACCAAAUGCUGCCACUUCCAUUAUGGUAUCAACCCACUGUUUGUCAGGGGAGAGCCCAGCUGAAACUUAGAGGGAUUGACUAUUUUUGGUUCUCCCGAAAAGAAACUGCUCCUCCAGCUGAUAUUCUGGUAGUGAACGCUUAAGUUUACAGCUCACUAAACUUUUGGUGUAUGCUGCUUAUUUUAUCAAUGAGCAUGUGUGAAUGAGUAGUCACCAUCCAAGCCCUUGCUGGGCUCAUCGUUUGUACCCUUCACCACUGUACAAUGUAGCAUUUCAUGCUAGAAACCAGAUGUUCUUAUCUCUUUAAAUAGAGGAUGUUAUAAACUUUACAGAAGAUGUCUAAGAUAAUGCAGUUCUAAUAUUUAUUGUGCUGUACCUGGCCCUGAAGUGUGACCAGUUCAAAGUUUCAUAUAUAUUUUUGUCCUUUUUGUUUUGUGUCUGUUUUCAGUGUUGAGAUUCUGAUGUUCACUGUGUCCUGCAAGUCUUCCUUCCACAGCUAUGGGAGGAAUUACAACAUGGGCAGAACCCCACCACCUACUUUAUCUUGUAUAUUUCAUAAUGUAUGUUGCUGGAAAUUGUGUAAAAAAAUAAAUUAAAAAAAAUUGUUCAAGUCAAUGAAAAUAAAAUUGAUUUAAAUUA